CGAUUUUUUUUUUGAGCAAGUCCCAUCACUGACCCAAUAAAAGGCCACUGACCUCACUUUAUACAUUCCGAAUCGAAAUCCAAAUUAAAGAUUCGAACUUUUCCGAGUUUACUCCACUAGAACCAAUAAUGCCCUCGAUCUCUGAGCUCCCCAUCGUUGCCGAGCUUGAGAACGACUCCACCGCCGGAAACCAUAAGCUGAGGCGUCGGAGGCGUAAAAGGAAGAAGAAGAAGGUGACGGCAGAGCAAAUUCUUGCGUCAAGGUACGUGCAUGAGUGGGCAUUCGGUCACUCCGAACCCUCCGAUGACAGCGCCGGACGUGUCCUCUUUGAGCUCCACUCGCAUUCGAAGUUUAGCGAUGGGUUCUUAUCGCCGACAGCGCUCGUGGAGAGAGCUCAUAGGAAUGGGGUGAAAGUACUUGCUUUGACAGACCAUGACACCAUGGCUGGCAUACCAGGGGCUAUAGAAGCUGCUCAGAAGUUCAACAUGAGGAUAAUUCCUGGUGUUGAAAUAAGUGCAUUGUAUUCUCCAGGGAAUGAACCAGGAGGAGAGGAACCUCUCCAUAUUCUUGCUUACUAUGGUAGCUGUGGACCUUCUUCUAUGUGUGAGGAGCUUGAUGACUUGUUGGCCAAUAUUCGAGAUGGCCGUUACACUCGAGCACAAGAGAUGCUAGUGAAGUUAGGCAAACUUAAAAUGCCUCUUAAAUGGGAAGAUGUUGUGAACAUAGCAGGAAAAGGGGUGGCACCGGGAAGGGUUCAUGUUGCAAGGGCAAUGGUCGAAGCUGGCUAUGUUGAGAACUUGAAGCAAGCAUUUAGCAAAUAUUUGUAUGAUGGUGGACCGGCUUAUGCUAAGGGAACUGAACCAUUGGCGAACUAUGUUGUUCAAUUGAUUUGCCGUUCUGGAGGUAUAGCAACUUUGGCUCAUCCUUGGGCAUUGAAAAGUCCAGUUUCUGUUAUUGAAAGCUUGAAAGCUGCUGGCCUCCAUGCUGUCGAGGUAUACAGAAGCGAUGGGAAGUUGGCUGGUUUCAGUAAUUUAGCUGAUACAUAUGACCUUCUAAAGCUUGGAGGAUCAGAUUACCAUGGAAGAAAAGCUGAUGAUGAAUCUGACUUGGGGAGCGUCUAUCUUCCAGUUCUUGAUGUUUUCAAGUUUUUGAAGCUUGCAAGCCCCAUCUGGUGUGGAUCUACAAGAAACAUCUUGAGAAGCUUUGUUGAAGAGCCUUCUGCUGCAAAUAUGAAGAAAAAAUUCAGUUUUUAUAAACCAGAUAAGUCAGAUUGCUGUGCUGCCAAAUGCUGUGGAAAAGAUUGCUUUGAUCUGCGCUCAUCUUCUUGGUUAUCUGAUGAGGAAAGGCAAAAUGCUGAGCUUGAAAAUAUAAGGCUUAAACUAUCUGAUACUGUUAUUAGUAAGGUUGGGCUCCAUUUGCGAUUAGAUGGUAGAUAGCUUAUCCUUAUUUUAAGUAAGCCUGUAAUGUUUUUGGCAUCAGUUGACUACAGCCAUUUUAAGUGUUUGUACUCUGACCACAAUCUACAAAUAUUUGAGCUAGCAUAAAAAAAAUAUGAAGAAAUAGAAAUAUGAAAAAAAAAGAGUAAAUUCCUUGUUGAC